AUACAUUCCACUGCGGGUUUCCACAUUGUUGGAAAUUAAUUGCAUCUGGUCUGGAGUCUCCAUUCAUCAAUACCAAAUUUGAACAAGGCCGGCUUGGAGGGUCUAGUCAGUGUUUUCCCAGCGACGGCUAUGUAUGUAUCUAUGUACCUUGUACUUGACAGUUGCCUUUGAAAUAGCCCCACCCAGUUGUCGACGACGCUCUUUCACUUUCAGACCGCCAGUAUGGGCAUCUUGGGAAUCGGUAUAAACCAUUCAUGAGUAAAGCUUGCUUCCACUUUCUUCCUAUAUUUUAUUGCCGCAUCUCAAGUUACACGCCAGCACAAAUUCUCGUCAGCCAGGCCAUCUUUUAAAGUAGGGUACCCAGCUUUUGGAGUGGUUCUUUAUUGUUGCAACAGCCCAUCCUAGAAUCAAAUCUCCAACUUUAUCACAGUCGCUAUGGCACAAUCUGCUUCUUUCGGAAGACUUACAGGGCCUGCUAAACUAGAUGCUGUGAAGCAGCUUUUGGGGUCGCUGACAGAGGAUCUUGAGACCAGCUCCCUAGCACCUCAACGACGAGAUUCGAUCCUUGAGGAGCUGAAGAUAUAUGGCCGGGACCCCAACUGUGCAGAUCCUAUCUUCACCAAGGAAGGCAUCAAGACGCUAGUCAGACAUGCUUUUGACAGUACGUCAGUCAACACCUCGCGCGGCGCCCUCAGGAUACUUUGCAAUGCUCUUCUUCUUGCACCAGAGACGCGACAAAGAUUCGUCGACACUGGAUAUGCGGCCAAAGCAAGUGAGAAGCUGAAGGAGGAUAACUCCGACGAUGAGUUUCUUGUGGCUAGGCUGCUUCUUAUCUCCACAUACAACACCAAUAUCGACCUCCCCAAGCUCAUUACACAGCACGGCCUGGCGGAUUCCAUAGCCAAUCACCUCGCGAGGCAUGCCAAACGGCUAUCCUCGACAAACAGAUCAACCACUGCAAAUCCUAUGGAUUCAAUGGCCCUAGAAGAAACCCUCAAGCUUACCUUCAACGUCAGCCAAUUCUCUCCUAAUCACCUCGCCUCUUUCGAACCAGCAAUUCCUCAUAUUAUCACUAUCCUGUGUAGUCUUGACCUACCUUCCCCCCACAUCAAGACCCCUCUUGGACCGCCGUUUGGACCCGCAGUCAACGCCGUCCUAAACCUGGACCUCUCAACCCCAACCGCGAAGGAGUACCUCUACCCCGACAGCUCACCAUCCAGCUUCUCGGACCGCCUCAUUAAGCUCCUCUCGCUCUCUAUCAAGGCCUACAAGAACCCAGAUCUCGAGCAAAUCGUCACUCCUCUGGUCUGCGCCCUCUCCCUGGUCUACGAGCAUGCCCCGGCCUCCGUCAAGCAGUCCAUUAAGUCUGCUCUCCUGCCAACAGAGAAAGAUCGCGAAGACGCCCUCGGCAAGGCUGACACCUUGCAGGGCCACCUCUUGAAAAACUGGUCCAACCCCGAAGCCCCAGAGCUAGGCAAAGCGAUUGCACACUUGUAUUUUGACUUGUCGAAUAGGGACCCGCACAAAUUUGUCAAGAAUGUUGGUUAUGGAUAUGCUUCUGGUUUCUUGUUCCAGAACAACAUCAGCUUCACCCCGGAGGAGCUCAACAAGGGCGGCGAGACUGAAGUGGAAGGCGAGGAUGGCGUGAGGGAGAUCAAGAGGCCGAUCAACCCCAUCACUGGGCAGUUCUUGGAUACGGAAAGGGUAUCUGAGCUGCCAGAGAUGACGGAUGAGGAGAAGGAGAGGGAAGCGGAGAGGUUAUUUGUUUUGUUUGAAAGGCUUAAGCAGACCGGCAUCAUCGAUGUGCAGAAUCCCGUGGAGCAGGCCAUGCGGGAGGGACGGUUCGAGGAGCUCCCUGACGACAAAUAG